AUGGAUCCCUCUACAUCAAAUAUGUCGUCUUACGAUCCAAGUCUGUUUCCAGCUUUGAACCCUCCGGCAGUUCUCGGGGAUCCCCUUGGGCCGCAUCAAUGGAACGUCCCCCUGACAGCCAUCACCCACAAAUAUGUAGUGUGUAUUCCAGUGGACCAAGAGCUUCCCGGUCUCGACCCGACGAAAUGGGAGGAGCGAGCAGGCAACAACCGCUGCGGGCGCCGGAGCAUCGACGUCUCUGCCGCACAGGGCUUAUUUGGUGCUGUCACAGACCUCUACGUCCUCACAAUACCUAUCAGCUCCGUACUUGCUCUCCACCUCCCGAAGAAGCGUAAGAUUGGUGUAUUGGGCAUUUUCUUGACCGGCUUGCUUGCUAUUGUGCUCUUUGGCCUCGGCUGA